AUGGUGGUGGACACCGACGAAUACGUCGGCGGCCCCGACUCCGAGAAGGAGCCCAUCGCCAUCAUCAACCCAGACAAUCUCGACAAUGAGGUCGAACAGCUCCAAGACCUGCCCUUAGCCACCGACUAUGAGGCCAUGAAAGAUGUCAUCUUCCCACCACUUCUCGAGGAGCCCCGCAUCCUCGAAGAUGUCCAUCACACGUGGACCGUGGAGUCCUGGAGGUCAAUGUCCAAGAAAGAACAUGGUCCCGUCUUUGAAGCCGGUGGCUACCCAUGGCGUAUCUUGCUCUUCCCGCACGGCAAUAACGUUGAUCAGUGCUCCAUCUACCUCGAGCAUGGAUUCGAGCCGACUCAGAUACCCGAGAACUGGAGCUGCUGCGUGCAGUUCGCCUUGGUGCUAUGGAACCCGAACGACCCGAAAUUAUAUACCCAUCACUGUGCUCACCAUCGCUUCACCAAAGAGGAGUCUGAUUGGGGAUUUACUCGAUUCCUGGAGCUUCGCAAGAUGUUCAAUGUUCCCUGGGAGUCAGGCGACCGACCAUUGUGCGAGAACGAGACGGCCAACAUCACGGCAUACGUUCGCAUCGUCGAAGACGAGACGGGAGUUCUCUGGCACAACUUCAACAACUACGACUCCAAGAAGGAAACCGGCUAUGUCGGUCUGCGCAACCAAGGUGCCACGUGCUACCUCAACUCUCUCCUCCAAUCUUUGUAUUUUACCAACGCAUUCCGAAAAGCGAUUUACGAAAUCCCUACGCAAGAAGAAGAGAGCAUGAGCAACAGUGCAUACACACUCCAGCGUCUUUUCUAUCAGCUCCAAACCUCCGAGACCGCUGUCGGAACCAAUGAACUGACCAAAUCUUUCGGGUGGGAAACGCGACACAUUUUUGAACAGCAAGAUGUUCAAGAGCUGUCGCGUAAGCUCAUGGAACGCAUGGAGGAGAAGAUGAAGGGCACGCCAGCUGAACAUGUUCUUCCUCAGAUGUUCAGCGGUAAGAUCAAGACCUACAUCUCGUGCAUCAACGUCGACUACGAGUCUAGCCGUAUCGAGGACUUUUGGGAUAUUCAGCUGAACGUGAGCGGAAACAAGAACCUCUUGGAGAGUUUCCAGGACUAUGUUCAGGUGGAGAAGAUGGAUGGCGAGAACCAGUACUUUGCCGGCGACGAGUUCAAGCUUCAGGAUGCCAACAAGGGUGUGAUCUUCCAGAGCUUCCCCAACGUCCUCCACCUGCAGCUCAAGCGAUUCGAGUACGAUAUUCAACGCGACACGAUGAUGAAGAUCAAUGACCGAUACGAGUUCCCCGAGCACUUCGAUGCGUCCCCUUACCUGUCCGAAGACGCUGACAGGUCAGAGUCUUGGGAGUACCAGCUGCACGGUGUACUUGUUCACAGUGGUGACCUCAACGCUGGCCACUACUAUGCCUUCCUCAAGCCUGAGAAGGAUGGAUGGUUCUACAAGUACGACGAUGACAAGGUUACGAAGGCUACAAUGCGUGAGGUCCUGGAGGAGAACUUUGGCGGAGAGUACAAGACCAGCCCCAACGCCUACCUCCGCGCCCCCAUGCAGAAGAAGACCCCAGUUCUGCGCCAGAACAGCGCUUACAUGUUGGUGUAUAUUCGCAAAACCCGCCUCGACAACAUUCUUUGCCCUGUCACCAAGGACGACAUUCCUAUGCAUCUCCGAACCAGGUUUGAGGAGGAAACCGCCCUCAGAGAGGCGAAGCGCAAGGAAAAGGAGGAGCAGCAUCUUUACAUUGGUGUUAAGGUCAUCACGGAGCAGAGCUUCCGGAAGCAUGGCGGCACGGAUCUGACCUCGUUUGAGCCGGACCAAGCCGAGACAGAGGCCGCCCCCCGGUCCUACAGGGUACUUCGUCAGUCUGCGAUGGAAGAGCUGGUAGCGACGAUUGCGAAGGACAUUGAUGAAGAUCCCCGGAAGAUUCGACUGUGGAUUAUGGUCAACCGGCAGAACAAGACGAUUCGUCCCGAUCAACCCAUCAUGGAUCUUCGCCCUACGGUGGAGGAGACCUUCCAGAGGGCUGCCGCGCACCGGGACCAGUCCUUGAGAGUUUGGGCCGAGGUCGCCGAGGAGACUACACCUGAAGGCGAAGCAAUCUGGCCGACUUAUCAAAGCCAGCUCAAUGGGGUGGUUGUGAAGAACGAUUUGAUCCUACUCUUCCUCAAGCACUUCGAUGUCGAAGAGCAGUCAUUGAAUGGCAUCGGCCACGUCUAUAUUAGUAAGGAGAAGAAGGUCGAGGAGCUGGUGCCGAUCAUUAUGAAGAAGAUGGGCUGGGGCGAUAAGCUGCCUUCUGAUGAGAAGAUCUCAUUGUGGGAGGAGAUCAAGCCAACCAUGAUCGAGGCUUUGAAGGCUAAGCAGUCUCUCAAAGCCGCAGAGCUACAGGACGGUGACAUCAUUUGCUUCCAAAAAACCACUGAGCGCAAGAGUGAUAAGAACAUUCUGGAGAAGCAUCUGGGUUUGGGCGAUAAGGACAAGCAAACACCAGAGCAGCCAGUCAAGAAAUCGGACCGGUUUGACGACGCGCGGGAAUACUACGACUUCCUGCACAACAAGAAGACUGUCAAAUUCCACGCGCACCCGACACGUUGCAACGCCGAAAAGUACCAGCCUUUCGAGCUGGUUCUGAACUCCAAGAUCACUUACGACAUGCUCUCAGAACGCGUCGCCGACAGAAUAGGUGUGCCGGCCACUCACAUUCGCUUCUGGACCGUCAAUUCGGCCACGGGAAACCCCAAGACGACUGUCAAGCGCGGCGUUAAUCAGAGCUUACAACUCAUCCUCAACCCUUCAGGUUACAACCAACUUAGCACAAGCCAAAGGACAGAUGCUUUCUAUUUCGAAGUCCUGGACAUGAGCUUGGCUGAGUUGGACACCAAGAAGAGUAUCAAGAUUACAUGGCUCAGCGAAGGCAUCACGAAAGAGGACCACUACGAUCUCCUUGUCGCCAAGAAUGGCAACAUUGAGGACCUCAUCCAGGUCUUGGUCAAGAAGGCGGGUAUCCCAGAGGAAGCUGAAGGAGGCCGCAUCCGGGUGUAUGAGACCAGCAGUCACAAGUUCUAUCGUGAACUCCCGCGGGACUACCCUGUUAUCAGCAUGAACGACUACACGAACGUCUACGCCGAGAGAGUUCCUGAAGAAGAGGCCAACGAGGAAGAGGCGAACAACUUCAUUCAAGUGUUCCACUUCCAGAAUGAGCCGAACAGAGUCCACGGCAUUCCGUUCAAAUUCUUGCUCAUUGAGAGCGAACCGUUUGCGGAAACCAAAAAGCGUCUCGAGAAGAGGACUGGCUUCAAGGGCAAGAGCUUCGAGAAGAUCAAGUUUGCGGUGGUUAAGAGAUCGCACUUCUCCAAGCCACAAUACCUUCAGGAUGACGACGUACUCUGGGACAUUGCGACAAACGACGACGACUUCCUCGGCCUGGACCAUGUUGACCGGACGAGAACACUUAGGAACGGCGUUGGUGACCUGUUUUUGCGGUAA